AUGCCUCCACUCUGGAGACUCCUGGUCCUCCUCAGCUUGCUAUUCUUGCUCUUGGCAUGGCAUAGGCAGCCCUGGCCUGGCCUGGCCAAGGCCCACAUGGACAGCAAGUCUACCCUGGCAAGAAUUAUUGCCCAGGGUCUCAUGAAGCACAAUGCAGAGGGCCGAAUUCAGAACAUCCGCCUCCUGGACAGUAUAAACGCCUCGUGGCAGAUGGCCCCAGGGAUGGUGGGCUGGCUAAUCGGCAGCAGGAACUUCCAGCAGCAACAAGAAGGCAGCAUCAACAUCACCAACAUUCAGUUGGUCUGUAGCGGGAUCCAGACGUCUUUCCAUAAGGAAUGGUUCUCGGCAACCAUCUCACUUGAAUUCGACAUUGACAUGAGACUGUCCUUCAAUAACAAGAUCUCAAAGACACAUACACGUAUGAACAUCACUGUGGAGUUCUGGCUGGAGAAAGACCAGUUCGGCCGGAGAGAUCUGAUGAUAGGCAGUUGCCAUGUGGAGCGCAGCAGCAUUCGCACAAAAGACCUAAAUGAAGAUAUCCCACCAAAGAUGAAACGUUUUCUUUACAAUUUUAGAGAUAACCUGGGAAAAGUUAUCCCAAACCUGGUAGAAAGUCAGGUAUGUCCUCUGAUCAGUGAAAUUCUCAAGCAGCUGGAUGUGAAACUGUUGAAAAGCCUCAUAGGCUGA